CCUCUUUGACGGAGGGUGGAGAGGUAUCUGCUGUCGCAGCAAAGGCAGCGCGUCACUGAUUCCGGGCCUUGCCGCGUCUGCUGAACGCCCCUCUUCUUGCCCGCAAAUCAUAGAGCGCAAACCGCCCCUCUUCCUGUAACCGCUCUUGGUAUGUUCCGGAGGCGAAAUGGCUACAGGGGUGAUUGAAGGUUCCAAUCGAAUCCUGCGAGAGAGUGUCAAGCGUUAUAUGCGGGUCACCCUCUCUGCUGCCGCCCCGGCCGCUUGCUGGAACUGCCCGCAAGGAGCAAAACGUUAUUUGUUAACAGAAGAUACUGUGCAGUUACAACGAUUUCAACAACAUAAGUUGGCAACAGAAUAUAAAAUAUAUGGCGAGAAAGAUACCUAUUUCAAAAUCAUUGAAGACAAGUUAGCAGAAAACAAACUAAUUUUCAAACAUGAAAUGAAAUUGUUACUGCAUUUGUGCCAGACAAAAGAUGAAUUCGAAAUAGUCAAAAAGACAAUAUACAGAUACUAUGCAGAGAACAAAAAUGUGGCCUUUGGGACGUUCAGAUUUGGUCCUCUUUUUAUGAGGCUGUGCUAUGAAAUGAACUUUGAGGAGUCUGCAUUAGAACUCAUCAAAGACCAGGCUUUGCAUGGCUUCUUUUCAGACAGCACAUCAUUCAACCUUUUGAUGGAUAUGCUCUUUAUAAAAGGCCAUUAUGAACGUGCUCUGGAGGUGCUAUUAGAAAUGAAGAGGCAAGGUGUCAAAUUCAACAAUGAGACCUAUUUGCUCGCUGUUGCAAUAUGCUACAAACUGAACAACUCGGAGUCCUGCAAAAUUUGUACUACAUUACUCGAGAACAGAGAGCUCAGCGGAAAUCAUAUGUCAAAAAGAAUAUACUACUUUGCAGUAGCAUUUGCUCUGAAACAGAAAGAUGUCGGAAUGGCUCGCUCCUUUUUUUCUCAAAUCAUAAACACAGACAAUAGAAUAUGCAUUAAUCUUAAAAUACUACUUCAGGCAGCAUCUGGCGACCUAGAAGAUCUUGUCCAGACACUGAAAACAGCUUCAGAAACCAGUGCUUCAUAUUUUGUGAAAAAACCUGAAUUCUGUAUGCAGGUGCUAUCUACAGCCAGGGAGAAGCUGAAAGACAAUCCAGUCCUUUGUGUCCAGUUUGGAAAUAUCUUUGCCAAGUUGCAAGCAUCAGGACAGAUAAUGUCUCUGACUCUGGAUGACUUACUGUGUCAGCCCACAAGCACAAAGAGGCGCCACCUGCCACUGUUAAAGCAAAACCAAGUGAGCCAUUGGACUUCGAAGCCUCUGUGCUCUCCUCUACUGGCUGAGUAGAGCCAUCCUUUCCCUGUUAGAUUGUGUACCUAAUAAAUGUCUCCCUUGCUUAGAAAAA